AUGGAUCUUGUCCCAUUGGUAGCAGGUCAGAUCCUGUACAUUGCAUACUAUACCACCGGACUCGUUCUGGUGUCGAUCGUCCUCAAUGUGAUCAAGCAGCUCGUUUUCUACAACAGAAAGGAACCACCUGUUGUCUUUCACUGGGUUCCUUUUAUUGGAAGUACAGUCGCCUAUGGCAUGGAUCCGUACCAGUUCUUCUUCGCUUCUCGUGCCAAGUACGGCGACAUCUUCACCUUCAUCCUCCUAGGCAAAAAAACAACCGUAUACCUCGGCGUUGAAGGCAAUGAAUUCAUCCUUAAUGGAAAGUUGAAGGACGUCAACGCCGAAGAAGUCUACGGCAAGCUUACAACGCCCGUCUUCGGAUCUGAUGUUGUCUACGACUGUCCCAACUCCAAACUUAUGGAGCAAAAGAAGUUCAUCAAAUACGGCCUAAGCCAAGAAGCCCUAGAAUCUUAUGUCCCCCUAAUCGCCGAGGAAACAAGCGCCUACAUAAAAUCAUCCCCUAACUUCAAAGGCCAAUCCGGCACCAUCGACCUCGCCGCCGCCAUGGCCGAAAUAACCAUCUUCACAGCAGCCCGCACCCUCCAAGGCGAAGAAGUCCGCUCCAAACUAACCUCCGAGUUCGCCGAACUCUUCCACGACCUCGACCUCGGCUUCACCCCAAUAAACUUCAUGCUCCCCUGGGCACCACUCCCGAACAACCGCAAGCGCGAUAAAGCACACGCACGCAUGCGCGAGAUCUACUUCGAGAUCAUCCAAGCGCGACGGGAAGCCGGAGAAGACAACGUCGACUCCAGGGAUAAGGCCAAAGGCACAGACAUGAUCUCGAACCUUAUGCGCUGCGUGUACCGCGACGGAACACCAAUUCCGGACAAGGAGAUCGCGCAUAUGAUGAUCACGCUGUUGAUGGCGGGUCAACACUCGUCGUCUGCGAUUAGCUGCUGGAUUCUUCUGCGGCUUGCCUCGCAGCCUGAGAUGACGGAGAAGUUGUAUGCGGAGCAGAUCCGGAAUUUGGGCGCUGAUCUCCCGCCGCUGCAGUAUAAGGAUAUGGAUAAGCUUCCGCUGCACCAUAAUGUGAUCAAGGAGACGCUGCGAAUCCACUCGUCUAUCCAUACGCUUAUGCGGAAAGUAAAGAAUCCGAUGCCGGUGCCUGGGACGGAGUUUGUUGUUCCGCCGUCGCAUACACUGCUCUCUUCGCCUGGUGUUACGGCGCGGGAUGAGCGGUAUUUCCGUGAUCCGUUGCGGUGGAAUCCGCAUCGCUGGGAGAGUCGGGUUGAGGUUGAGGAUGCUUCUGAUACAGUGGAUUAUGGGUAUGGAGCUGUUUCCAAGGGAACGCGCAGUCCGUACUUGCCGUUCGGAGCUGGUAGACAUCGUUGUAUUGGUGAGAAGUUUGCCUACCUUAAUUUGGAGGUUAUUAUUGCCACGCUUGUGAGGGAGUUCAGGUUUUUCAAUCCUGAGGGCAGGGAGGGGGUGCCGGACACGGAUUACUCGUCUCUCUUUUCGCGUCCUAUGCAGCCGGCAACGGUGCGAUGGGAAGCCCGUUCAUAG